CGAAUAGGGUUAAUUUAUGUUUUUAGGCCUUUUGUUGUUCCUCUUCAAAAAGGUAUUAUCUAAUUUGAUAUUUGUUUUUGGGAUAGAUUGAACUUUAUUUUCGUAGAUGAAACUUUAUUUUUGAAUUCUCUUUUGUUUAUUUAAUUAAUUGGUUUCCUAUUUGUUUUUUUUUUGCAGAGGAUUUUUGUAAUUAAUCCACUUUGCAAGGAAUUGUGUCAUUGUUCCAAAUCAAUAUCGACUCCAUAUACACAAAGAAACUAAGGUCUACAAGGGUGAUAUAGUUGAUUGGAUGUAUCCCGAAACUUUGUACAAGUUGGUUUCCCUUCAAUCAAUAGAAGCCUGCAAUUACAAUGACACCAAUCUUAUAGAUAUUUUGGGGAUUGUUGUACAUGCAGGUAAGGCUUUUGUUUGUAACGAUGACGCAACCCGUAUGCAAGAGGUUGUUGUUCUAGAUAGAAGUUGCGUUGCUGUUAGAUUGAUCCUUAUGAACCAAUUUGUUAGUGAAUAUGAAAACGAGGUUCAACAAAGUGCUGGGCAGUAUAACACACUAUUGGCUUGUGGGGUGUAUGUUAGGAAAAUGAAUGCUUAUUUUCUAAUCACGGGAAGAUACACAAGGUUAUUUAUCAAUCCAAAUAAUGUAGAUGCAUCAACUCUAUUGGAUUGGUUUGUCUGUGAUAAUUUUGCCAAGAGGAAGAUGAAGUGGUUUAAUAAUUAUGGACUAUCAAUAAAUCGGGCAUUGUCGACUUCAAAUGCAAUCCGGACAACUAUAGCGAGCUACAAACAAAAAAGAAAAGUAUGUGAUACACAAUUAUUUACGUCGAAAUUAUUUUCUAGGAAAAUUUUACUUUCUCUAUCCAAACUAUUACUAUUUUGAUUAACGCGCAGGGAAAGCACUACAGAAUGGUUGGGAGAUUAAUUGAUAUCGAUGUUGAUAUUUUACAUGGUAUGAUGCUUGCACAUUUUGUGGACUUGAUAUACAACAUGUUAGUGAGCAUAUGAUUUGUAGUAAUUGUAACAAAGAAAAGCCUCCAACAACUAUUAGGUACUCUUUUUUUUAUACUAUUUGGAUAUAAAUUUUAUAAAUGUGUUAGAGUUAUAAUUACUUUUUAUCAACCUGUUUACUAACUUUAUAUAUUUGUUUUUUAUA